CUGGAAACGGAAGGCCGACACCUCUAGAAAAGGACCGACACCAAUUCAAAUCAAUUUCAAUUUCUUUGAAUGUAAGGAUUCAAUUUAGAAUAUGUUAAAUAUGGAAUUGUAAACUGUUCAGUUUAAUAUUACAUGAUCGUUUUUUAAUUAAAACUACAUGAUUGAAUUGUUAAUUGUUCUUCUACCUAACUCCUAAUCAAUUCCUGUAAGUCAACCUUUCGUCCUACGAUGAGCUUCCCCAUCGAACGGACCAAAUCACACAGGAGCUUAGGAUUUGACUUGCUGGCAAGGAGGCUCCUUCUUCAUCGAUCUGAAAAACUAAAGGUUUGCCUCGAUUAUUUUAUAAUUAUGAUGGUGCUACGGUUGUGAUUUUCUUGAUCCAAGUCUCUCGACAUUCAUCAAGAAUCCGUAUCGGAUCUCCUCUUAGGUUUUUAGAAAUGACCGACGAUGAGGAUCUUCAGCCUCUUGUAUUCGACAAUGGAACUGGAAUGAUGAAGGCAGGGUUUGCUGGUGAUGAUGCUCCUAAGAUAGAGUUCCCCAGUAUUGUUGGUAGGAUGAAAGACAAUGGUGUUACAGUGGACACGGAUGGGAAAGAUGCUUAUGUAGGAGAUGAAGCCCUGUCGAAAAGUGGUAUCCUGACUUUGAAAUAUCCUAUUGACCAUGGUAUUGUCUGCGACUGGGACGAUAUGGAAAAAAUUUUCCAUCACACCUAUAGUGAGCUUCAACAUGCUCCAACAAAGGAUCCCGUGCUUCUCACUGAGGCUCCUUUAAAUCCCAAGGCUAACAGAGAGAAGAUGACUGAACUCAUGUUUGAGACCUUCAAAGUUCCAGCCAUGUACAUUGCAAUUGGGGGCGUGCUUGCUUUGUAUGCGAGUGGUCGCACAACUGGUAUCGUGUUGGAUUCCGGAGAGGGUGUAUCCCACACGAUCCCAAUUUACGAAGGGUACGCACUUCCUCAUGCCAUCCUCCGCCUUGAUCUCGCUGGUGUUGACAUCACAGAUUCCCUAAUGAAGAUCCUAUCCGAAAGAGGCUACUUGUUCACAACAACCGCCGAACAGGAAAUUAUCCGUGACAUGAAAGAAAAGCUCGCAUACGUGGCUCUUGACUAUGAGCAAGAACUCGAAACUGCAAAAAGUAACUCCUCUAUUGAACAGAACUAUGAUCUGCCCGAUGGGCAGGUUAUCAGGAUUGGGGCAGAGAGAUUCCGGUGUGCAGAGGUUCUCUUCCAGCCACAUCUGAUUGGAAUGGAAGCUGCUGGUAUUCAUGAGAUGACCUACAAUUCCAUCAUGAAGUGUGAUCUUGGUACUAGGAAGGAUCUUUAUGGAAAUAUUGUGCUUAGUGGUGGGUCAACCAUGUUCCCAGGCAUGGCUGACCGAAUGAGCAGAGAAGUGACUGCCCUUGCCCCUAGUAGCAUGAAGGUUAAGGUGGUACAACCACCUGAGAGGAAACACAGUGUUUGGAUCGGAGGAUCAAUUCUUGCAACUCUCAGCACCUUCCAACAGAUGUGGAUCUCGAAGGCCGAGUAUGAAGAGUCUGGUUCCUCUAUUGUCCACAAGAAAUGCUUCUAAGUACGUAUUAUGUUGCUAUGGUCGAGUUUGUUUUUGUUUUUGUAAUUUUUAUCCAUUUAUUUUUGUUGUUAUGUUUCAUGAGAAGCAAGAAAGGCAGAAAUGCUUUUGUGUUGUAUGAUGUAACCCAUUAAUUUGUUUAGAAUUUGGCUGAAACAGAUAGAAAUCUUGACAUUUAGAUGUACAGAUCAAAGUUGUAUUUUAGAGAUUC